ACUACGCUAGUGUAUUAUAUUGCACGGUAAAAGGAGUCCUGUUUGGACCAUACUUCUUAUCCAUAUGUUUGUAGUCACGAAGGUGCCGACCACACCAAUCUUUGUGGUAAAACUUCUGUGCGGCCGCUGCCUGCCGACGGCACCUAUAAUAUACUCCAUCAUCACUUGGUCUGUUCUCAAAUGAUUUCUCAUAUUCGAUUUUAGUGUUUGAUUUUAGGAACAUUUUUUUUCGUCCAUUCUUGAUUGCUUUUUUGUGAUUUGCACGGACACAAGAGGUGCCGGCCAAGCACCCCUGCUCUCACUGUAUACGUUCUGCACAAAUACUACAGCUAUUACAGACGAAAAGCUGAGAAUCAGAAGCAGGAGUUUUUAGCCCACUACUACCAGUUUUUAGGGAAGGUCAGUAAACGACUACUAGUUUACUACAACUUCAAGAGGAAAGAUGUUUGGAACAUUAUCUGAUGAGCUUGAGGUCAAGGCGCCCGCAAGCGAAGCUUGGAAAGUUUAUGGGACGCUGCUACUGGCGGAUGUGGUUCGCCAACAACUUCCUGAUGUGCUAGACAAGAUCGACGUACUAGAGGGCGAUGGUGGUCCGGGGACCAAACUGAAGCUCACUUUCCCACCGGAUAACCAGCUGAUGUCCUACUCCAAAGAGCAGUUUGUGGUGGUGGAUGACCAGAAAAUGAUGAAAGUAGCAGAGGUUUUUGAAGGUGGAUAUCUCAACCUGGGGUUUACGCUCUAUCGAGUUACUUUCCAAGUACUUCCAAAUCUAAAUGAUGAAUCUUCAUGCACCACCAAGUGCAUUCUUGACUAUGAGCUCAAGGAAGAUGCUGCUGAAAAUGCUUCUCUUAUCAAUAUUCAGCCCUUCACUGCCAUCAUGAAAGCUGCUGCCAAUUAUCUUGAGACAGGCAAUGCCACACCCACUACAACAACCAACAAUUGAUCGCUCAUGACUAGAUAUACUGCUUGUCUAUUUUUCCUUUCUUCAUUGGUUUCUCCAUAAUAAUCCUUUUUUUUUGCUUGGGUAGUUUUUCCUUUUCCUCUACACUUCUUUUUCUUCUUUCUGGGGGGCUUCCUUUUCUGUUCUGUAGUCCUUUCCUGGAUUGGGUCUAGGAAGGAUGUUGAAUAACAAACGAAUGCUUGUGCUUGUGUAUUUAUAUUGUGUGUUAAACAAAUUCAUAUAAAGCGAAAACAAUUUUACCGCUAUUUAUCUCC